AUGAACGGGUUUGUCAGCUCUUCCUCUGAAGAGAACCUCUCUGAAGAUAUUCUUAGUGAGAAUGCGUCCACUGGAGAAAUAAAAACAAGUAUGAGGCUCACUGAAAAUAUGGGCAAAUCUUCUUUCUCUAAAAAGGAGAUUAGUUCCUUUAAUGAUGAUUUUGGGCGACCAAUUUCGCAUCCAAUGAGUUUGAAGAAAUCUCAGAUCUUGGAGGAGGAAGGAACUAGAAGAAAUUCUUGCAUAUAGCAAAGGAUGGAUCUCGCCUCAGUCUUGAAACAAAUAAAGAAGAGGAGAAAAAGCUUCCAUGUAUAAGGCAGAGUUCCUUGAAGGCUGACAUAAGCAGUCUUCUUCAGAAGUCGAUUCAAAUUAGGAAGAAAAAGAGCCACUUUGCCAAGAUGAAACAGACAGCAAAUACUCCUUUGAAGGAAGUAGGAUUUACUGGAAGAGGUCCGAUUGAAGGGGGAUCAUAUACUUUCGGUAUUAAGAAGGGAAUAAAUUAAUUGGUCAACUAAACAAAGUUCAAAAAAUUCUUUAGCUCAUUUACUAGCCAAAAUUUGUGGUAUAAGACCAUGCUAAUUG